GGUUUUGGUUCUAAAUCUGAACUCAUGUUUCGUUGUAGUUUUAUGACUCUACCCAAAGAAUUUCUGAAUUUUGCCUUCAUCUUUUAAUGGAAAUAUUUUUGAAGUAAACUGUUCACCAUUUACAAGGAUUUUCUGACUUGAAAAUUAGACUUUGACUCUUUUUCUAGUGACCCCUUCAAAUGCAAGAACCAAAUAUUAUUCUUAUUAGCAACAAAUUAAAUGCUGAUUGCAUCUAAAGUACUUCUCACCUUGAAAUCUAGAAGUAUUAUCUCUCGAGAAACAUUUUUGCAUUGCAUAAAUAUGUUGACCAAUGUACGAACCCUCAGAGCAAGAUCCCAGGUUAAACCUGAAGCUCAGAAUUUUCAAAAUGGAAGUUUUAAAAAAACUGAAAUUAAUGCACAAGUUUUUAAUUCAUCUGCAAUUCAAGUGAGGAAGAAGUCAACAAAUAAAAAGGAUUUGAAGACCAAUAUUGACGACGUCAAUAACGCAGAAUCAGUAAAUGUGAGUGAUAAAAUUCAAAGCUCUGAAAUCGAAGGUACUAGCAUAGUGGCUAAAGGAGAUAUUGCUUCAAAACUCGAAAAAAAAUCAUCAAGGAAAAGAAGUGGAAAUAGAAAGAUAAAAACUGAAUUGAAUGAGAAUGCAACAGAAUCAGUACCAACAAGCUGUGAGAUAAGUAUUAAAAGUGAACCACUUGAUGAUACUGUUUCAAACAAAGAACAACCCGUUGUUGAAAUUUUAAAAAGUUCAAGGAAAAGAAGUAUCAAAACUGAAAGCGAACCGUUUGAUAUUAAGAUAAAUAUUUGUGAUACAGAAGGCACAGACAAUGUUUAUAUGGAUUCUUCAGGCGCUCCUAUUUCCGCCACUAAAUCUCCGAGGAAAAGGCGACAAGUCAAAAGUGAGACAAAUGUCGUUAAGAGUGAGAAGGAAGCCAAGACAAUAAAACGAGAAGUUGCAGACAUUGAAGAUGCUGCUUGGGAGCCUGAUAACUGGAAGGAAGUCUGGGAGAACAUUUUGAAGAUGAGAAAAAUGUAUGUUGCACCAGUGGAUAGUUUAGGCUGUGAGGAGUGCCCCGAUAAAGGAGUGACACCAGAAGUUCAUCGUUAUCAGACGCUGAUUUCUGUGAUGUUGUCUAGCCAGACAAGAGAUGAAGUGACUUUUGCGGCAACUCAGCGUCUGAUAGAACAUGGUUUGACUGUGGAUAAUAUUCUGAAGACUCCUGAUGAAAAAAUUGGAAAAUUGAUCUACCCGGCAGGUUUUUGGAAAUCGAAAAUCCAAUACAUCAAACGAACAACGCAGAUUCUCAAAGACCAGUAUGGCAGCGACAUUCCUCGAACUUUUAAGGAGUUGUGUAAGCUGCCCGGCGUGGGGCCAAAAAUGGCCAACAUAGUGAUGAGUGUGGGCUGGAAUGAUACGGUUGGCAUCGCGGUCGAUACGCACGUACACCAGAUUUCCAACAGGUUGGGUUGGGUGAAGAAGCCAACCAAAGAGCCUGAACAAACAAGGAAAGCUUUAGAAAGCUGGCUUCCAAAAGAUCUAUGGAGACCAAUUAAUGUGACCCUUGUUGGCUUGGGACAAACCAUUUGCAGACCCAUUGGUCCAUCAUGUAGCAAUUGUCUAAACAACAAUAUCUGCCCCUUUGGAAGAAGUGAACUUGCUGCUAAAAGCACAAAGAAGCCCAAGAAGUUCUCAUAGAUCUUUGGAAAGAUGGUAGUUUUCAUUUGGUGGGCUUUGGACAGACAAUAUGCAAACCCGUGAAUCCAAAAUGCCAUCAGUGCUUCAACGUUCAACUUUGUCCAUUUGGAAAAAGCCAGUCAAAAUUAUGCAAAA